AUGGCAAUUGCAAAUUUGGAGGAACAUCUAUCGAAUCCUAUGUUGCUACUCGAGCUUGUGGAAAAACUACCAACACCUUUACAAAUGGAAUGGUCGCGUUUCAAGCGACGAUACACCCCCGUUAACAUGAUGACCUUUAGUGAAUUUAUGUCUGAGCAGGUCGAAGCAGCUUCGGACGUUGUUAUGCCAAACUGUAUGUCGUUCAGUACAGAGAAGGCAGUUAAAUCGGUGCGCGACAAACAUAAACUUAACAUCCACAUAGAAAACUCGGAACACGAUGAUUCAGAAGGGGUUCAAAUUUCACAUAAGCGGUGUGUUUACUGUUCUGAUCCAAACCACGAAGUGAUCCACUGUGUGCAAUUUCAGACCCUAGACUUGGAUGGGAGGUGGAAGGCGGUCAAGCAAAGGGGAAUGUGUUCAUUAUGCUUAAUACCACACAAAAAUGGGCCUUGCCGCUCCAGGAGAGUAUGUGGCAUUAAUGGCUGCAAGACUAGACACCACGCAUUGUUGCAUCCCGUCGCCUCUAAAAGUACACGUAAUGCUGCUGAACCAUCAGAAGAACGGGGUGAGACUUCCAUCCUUAAUCAUCAUUUCGGUACAUCCUUUGUUCUUUUCCGAUACCUACCGGUAAAUUUACACUGUAACGGAAAAAGAGUGACAACCUUCGCCUUCCUCGAUGAUGGGUCCUCAUCAACUUUAAUGGAUGCUUCCAUCGCAACGGAACUGGGUAUCACGGGGCCAGUUGACCCGCUGUGGCUAACCUGGACUAGUGACAUUUCUCGCGAAGAGAAGGGAUCCAUGAGAGUCUCUGUGCAAAUCUCUGGCCAGGGUUCUGCAAAACGGUAUACGAUGAAAGAUGUUCGAACUGUCGAGCAAUUAAAUUUACCCGAACAAUCGUUCAAUUACGCUGGCAUGCAAAAGGAUUAUCCUCAUCUGAAGGGACUUCCCUUCAACAGUUACUCCGGCGUCAGACCAAUGCUCAUUAUUGGAAUCGAACAUGUGAGUCUUCUAACACCCUUAACCAUUCGAGAGGGUCGACAAGACGAACCGAUUGCUGCCAAGACACGACUUGGGUGGUGUGUAUACGGUAAGCAGAUUAAAACACCCCGCAACGAAGUAACCUUACAUGUACACUGGGAGCAGCAAUUCGGCAACCAGCAGCUACACGAUUUGAUGGGCAGUUUUUUUAAACUGGAAGAAACUCUAGUGGUUAAAGAGCCGGACUCAACCUUAGAAAAGGAGGCCUUAGAUAUUCUCCAGCAAACCACGCGACGACUAGGCAAUCGCUUCGAAACCGGACUUCUCUGGAAACACAAACACCGUUGUUUCCCAAACACUUAUCCGAUGGCGGCACGUCGCGAGGCAAGUCUCAAUAAACGUCUACAAAAGGAUCCUGAGUUGCACGAAAUUGUCCGUUCUCAAAUAGCAAGCUACUUGGAAAAGGGCUAUGCUCAUAAAAUUACCGAUCGAGAAUUGACUGAGUCGGACCCAGGUCAAAUCUGGUACUUACCACUGGGAAUAGUGCGCAACCCCAAAAAACCCACUAAAGUACGCUUGAUUUGGGAUGCUGCUGCCAAAACGAAUGGAGUGUCGCUCAACGACAUGUUGAUGAAGGGACCGGAUAUGGUGACGUCGUUGCCAGCUGUACUUGUACGAUUUCGCCAACGAAGUGUAGCUAUAUGCGGUGACAUCAAGGAGAUGUUCCACCAGGUGAACAUAAUAUUAGAAGACAAGCAAGCCCAGCGGUUCCUUUUUCGCAAUCAAACAGACGAAACACCACAAAUUUAUGUAAUGGACGUCGCCACAUUUGGUGCCUCCUGUUCUCCCUGCAUUGCACAGUAUAUAAAAAACAGGAAUGCCAAAGAACAUGCAACACAGUUUCCACGCGCUGCCGAAGCUAUAAUCAACAGACACUACGUGGACGACUUCCUUGCUAGCGUUGACACCAUUGACGAAGCCAUCGAACAGAUAAAAGAGGUCAGUCAUGUACAUGCGUUAGGAGGUUUUGAAAUCCGCAACUUUCUUUCGAAUGCCCCAGAAGUUCUCGAAAAAAUUGGGGCUCCGUACCCGCACAGCUUCAAGCAUUUGAACCUGGAACCGGGCGUGGAAGAACCUGAAAAGGCAGAACGGAUUUUGGGCAUGAUGUGGAAACCUUGCCAAGAUCUCUUCACGUUUAGCACUACUUUGCAGCCAGCUAUUGAGCAGAUUUUAAAUCCCGAGCGCACACCCACAAAAAGAGAAGUGCUGCGCACCGUUAUGAGCCUGUUCGACCCACUAGGACUAAUCGCUCACUUUGUUGUCCACGGUAAAAUCAUCAUGCAAGAGCUCUGGAAAUAUGGAUCAGAUUGGGAUGAAGCUAUGCCUGAGGAGCUGCGUGUCAAAUGGCACCGUUGGACGGAGCUUUUGGCAAAACUCAACGAAGUAAGCGUCCCUCGCUACUUUUUUCCUGGAAUCUCUAGUGCUGAUAUCAAGGGACUGCAAUUGCACGUGUUCGUAGAUGCCAGCGAAUCAGCAUUCGCAUGUGUAGCUUACUUGCGACUUAUCUAUAAUAAUAGCCCUCUUUGUGCGUUACUUUCAGCAAAGACCAAAGUGGCUCCUUUAAAGCCGAUAUCAAUGCCUCGAUCGGAGUUACAAGCAGCUCUCAUGGGUGCUCGCAUGACGGAGACUUUGUCAGAAACUUUAGAACUUCCAAUUGAACGUAAAUAUCUGUGGACUGAUUCACUUACAGUUCUUGCCUGGUUACGUUCAGACAGUCGACGCUACCAUCAAUUUGUGAGCUAUCGGGUAGGGGAGAUUCUAGCUAAAACCUCAAUUUGCGAAUGGCACUACGUACCUUCCAAACAGAAUGUGGCCGAUGACGCCACUAAAUGGGGAAAUGGACCCAAUUUCAGUCCAAAUAACCGUUGGUUUUCCGGACCGGAAUUCCUCAAGCAAUCCGAAGAUCAUUGGCCAGUGAAUCGCAAAAAUUAUCCGCUUCCAGAAGACGAGCUUCGAUCUGUGUUCUUACAUCAUUCUGAAGCUCCAUAUUCCCUCAUCGAGGUUACACGAUUUCCACGGUGGAGCAGACUACUACGGGCUACAGCGAGUUUCUUACGAGCAGUAAAAAGAUUUAAAAAGGUCAUCAUUUCCGGUCCAUUUAGCUCGGCCGAACUUAUAGAGGCAGAGACUCUACUGUGGAAACAAACUCAACUUGAUGUCUUUCCGGAGGAAUAUCAUAUACUUCAAGGCCUCUUGAAAGGAACGAAAUCCGAAGGAAUCCCGAAAUCCAGUGCGCUAUACAUUUUUUCACCUUUUAUGGACCAGUCUGGAGUGAUUCGAAUGGACAGUAGAAUAGGAGCCGCUCCUAGCGCUACAGCUGAAACUAAGUUUCCUGUUAUAUUGCCGAAAAAUCAUCAUCUUACAAAUUUACUUAUUCUCAACUAUCAUGAACGGUUCCUCCAUCGAAAUAACGAGACGGUCUGCAAUGAGAUUCAUCAGAAGUUCCGAAUCCCAAAUUUACGCGUAGCUGUACGCAGAGUUGCGAGAAACUGCAUGGCUUGCCGCAUUCGCAACGCACGACCACGCCCUCCAAGGAUGGCUCCUCUACCGGCAGUGCGAUUGACCCCAUAUAUAAAGCCGUUUACCCAUACGGGAGUGGAUUAUUUUGGUCCACUUCUGGUCAAACAGGGUCGCAGUCUAGUGAAGCGAUGGGUAUGCCUUUUCACCUGUCUUACCAUUCGAGCGGUCCACGUGGAAAUCGUUUGUAGUCUCUCGACGAGUUCCUGCAUCUUAGCAAUACGAAGGUUCAUUGCGCGCCGCGGCUCACCAUCUUCAUUUUACUCCGAUAAUGGUACCAAUUUUCGGGGCGCCAGCAACAUCCUACGAGAUACAAUUGAAAAUAUAAGUAAGGAAUGCGCGGUUACAUUUACAAACACAGAUACCCAAUGGUUCUUCAAUCCGCCGCUCUCCCCCCAUAUGGGCGGUGCUUGGGAACGCAUGGUGCGUUCAAUAAAGGAAGCUAUGCAGGCGAUUGGUAAUCAUCAACAACAUCCCAGUGACGAAGUACUGGCAACGGUUGCACUGGAGGCAGAAGGAAUCGUCAACUCCCGUCCACUAACUUAUGUCCCACUCGAUCAUGCAGAUGCGGAAGCCAUCACGCCGAAUCAUUUUCUUCUCUACGGAGAAAGGGGUAUAACACAACCCCCCAGCAUAAUUCAAUCGGACACGCGUGUGUUGCGCGACAGUUGGCGCCUGGCGCAAACGUUAACCGAUAUUUUCUGGAGUCGAUGGAUAAAAGAAUAUUUGCCCACAAUUGCACGCAGAACAAAGUGGUUUGACUCGGUAAGACCACUGGAAGCAGGUGACUUGGUAGUGGUGGUAAACAAGAACCAUCGAAAUGGUUGGGAACGUGGACGCAUUUUGGAGGUUUACAAGGGAACUGACGGUCAAGUGCGACAAGCACUUGUUCGGACAAGCAAUGGAAUCAUUCGCCGCCCAGCCACAGUUUUAGCCCUUCUUGAUGUACGCGCAGCACUCCCGACGGAUGACCGGAAGUCCCCGAGACUACACGGGGAGGAGAAUGUUGUCGAACCCACUGUGCCGAGAACCUGA